AUGAAGACAAACUUUACCUUGGACCACUGCCACCAAGUACUUGCACGCGAAAAAAAGUGGAUAGAUGCAGUUAUGAAGUCCGUCGAAAAAAAGAGGGCCAAGAACUCCAAAACUGGUGCUAAUUCUGUUGCUACUACUACUACUACUACUACUACUACUACUGCUGCUGCUACUGCUACUGCUACAGCUACUGCUGAUGUUGAUGUUGCUGUAGCAAAUACACUCGAAGAAGCUGACAGUGGAUCUGACAUUUCUCUGUCUCCGCCCACUGGUAGAACGCAGCAGAUGGUGACUAAUGAGCCUAAAAAGAGAUCUUUCCAAGAGAUGAUGCAGACGUUCUCUGCCAGAAUUGACGAGACUACAACCUUGGAGGUAAACGACACAUCUGAUCUCACAAAUAAAGUCGCCAAGGACCAAGCUGCUGCUCAACUACUGUUGGUUAAAGAACAAAUACGUGUGGCCGAAGCUGAGCGGCUAGUAGCUGAAGAACGGAUACUGCUUACUAAAGCGCAACGACUGAUAGCUGAAGCACAGUUUAUAGCCAUUGAUGCAAACGAAAUUAAAGAUCCUACUAAGCGUCAGUGGAUGUUAAAUAUGCAAAAUAAAAUUAUGGAGAAAGGCUCUGGUGACAGUAGAAAUAACGUUGACAGUAAUUAA